AUGACCCCCUUUACAUUCAAAAUCGAUGUCUAUGCCGACCUGAUUUGCCCCUGGUGCUACAUCGGCAAGGAGGCGCUCGACAGGGCGAUGGCGAUUUACACAGCCCAGCAUCCAGAAGUGGACUUUAUGUUGACCUGGAAGCCGUACAUCCUUUGGCCCAACGCCGGCGCUUCAGCUUACAACCGGGGUGCAGCCUUCCGCCGCGUCUUCGGCACCAGGGCACCCACCCUCCUACGGCGUCUCGACCUCCUUGGAGCGCAGUACGGCAUCACGUUCAGAUGGGAUGGCAAAACGGGCAACCCACGCGAUGCCCACAAGCUAGUUCUGCUAGCCAUGGAGAAGGAUGAAGCCGAAGCCGAAGGCAAAACCGCGGUAUCAUCAUUAUCAUCACCACCACUAGGAACGCAGGAAACACCACACCCAGAGCAGCGACGACCCUCCUCAAAUCCGCUAACACCAAGUCGGCCACCAGCUCACCACCAGACGCAUCUUUACGCCACAGUCUCGUACAUCUUCAGGGCCGCCUUCCAGCUGGGUGCUGAUCCGUCUUCUCGCGAUUUUCUCGCACAGGCGGCGGUUGAACUCGGGUUAUGUGCGUCGGAGGACGAUGCGAUGGCCUAUCUUUCCGAAGAGGACAGUGAAGAUGACGAGUUCUAUGAGGAGAACACGACUGAUGUAAUGAACAUCGAUGUCAAGACCCAGGCAGUCAUCGAGGAAGAAGAGCAUAACCAUCACCAUCAUGGACACGAUCACCAGCCCAACCAACCUACUAUUGCUACCAACAGAAACUUCCCCCCUACCACCAACCAGCACCAAAACCAAACCCACACCCCAGAAAAGCAAACAACCCCCCACACCACAAACCAAAACCAAAACCCAACAACAACAACAACAACAAAGCAGAAGAAGCAAAUCAGAAGAACCAGCAUAAUCGACACCGCCACCUCCCGCGCCCGCGCCCUCGGCGUAGCCGCCGUGCCCAGCUACAUAGUCCAAGGACGAUGGCAAGUAGGCGGGAUGCAGAGGGAAGAGGUGUGGAUGGGUGUUUUUCAGCGGGUGAGGGCUGCUUUUGCUGCGGAAGCCGAAACCGAAGCCGGGGUUGGCCUUGGCGAUGAUGUGGGUGUCGGGAAGGGGUUGAGGGUGGAGCGGGAGGUUGAGAGGGGAUGGUGA